CGAAAGAAGAGAGAGCAAGAGACCAAAAAGGCCACGACCGGUGUGGCCCACUGUCUUCUCCCUCAUUUCCGUUCCUUCCUCUUAUGAACAAAACCAAACGCAAUAGCUUUUGUGUUUCACAUCACAAAAAAAGUGCGCACUAAUAUUCCAUCCCUUUUCCCACUCACACCAAAUGUCCACCACCAUCGCUACUCCGCCACAGCGCCAGCACACCUUUUGGUGUCACGAAUGCGACAUGAGCGUCUUCCUCCUCCACCCACCCCCCACAAAUCCUCGUUGCCCUCACUGCCAUUCCGAUUUCCUCGAGCAUAUGGACUCUAUUACCCCUACCCUUCUUCCCCAAUUUCCAAAUUUACCCAACCCCACCUCCGACAUUGAACCCCCCACCACUUUCACUCCCUCCGACGACAACUUCCUCCUCAAUAGUCCUUAUCUCCACCGUCUAAUCCGCCAUCUCACCACCACUAACGACGCUCCCACCGACAAUCCUCACAACAACUCGGCUUCCAGAUCAGCUGUGGAGUCACUUGAAAUACUUCAAAUUAGCUCUUCUAUGCUUGAAAAUGAUCCGGUUAUUCCUUGUGCUGUUUGUAAAGACCAAUUUUUACUCGACAUGCAAGUCAAAAUGUUGCCCUGCAAACACAUGUAUCAUUCUGAUUGUAUUUUGCCGUGGUUAGAAAUGAACAAUUCCUGUCCAGUUUGUAGGUUCCAGUUACCCACGGAGGAAGAUGAAGUUUGCCGUAGACGUCAGAAUUUUGUAGCGGCAAUGAGUUUGGAAGAGUUUCUGGGUGAGCAAGACGAUUUGCUUGGGUUUAGGCGCACACUUAGACGUGUUGCGAGGAGGCAUCAGCUGGACAGGGAGGAUACGACUAGGGGUGACAGUUUGGAGUUUCUGCUUUCGCCUACUCAAAUUGGCCAGGCUGGUCAAGGAGUUGGGGUUGUUACGAGGGCUAAUAGUGUGGAGACCGUAUCAAGUUGGCCGAAUUGGCAGCUGGAAUGUGACAGCGAAGAUGAAGUAGGUGGGAGUGGUAACAGCAUUGAUGGUUAAGGGUAUACUCUUGUCAAAUCUUGAAGUUGGCCUUCUUCUUUAAGCAGUGUUAAGGUACUGUAUAGUUGUUACUUGUUACUACUAAUUAGGAAUAUCCAAGAGAAUAAUUUUGCCAUAAAUCGUCUGGUGAAUUGUAAAUCAUGAUUCAUAACCACGCUUCUGCCAAUAAUCAAACUUUUGUUAUGGCAAUAUCAUGUGUUGCUUGUGAAAAUAGUAGUCUAUUGUGAUACCUCUACAAGCAAUAAUAAUAUUCUCAAAUUUUGGUUGAA